AUGGUAGGUUUGAUAAGUAAAGCUCUUAAUAAAUCAUCAAUUGAGAGAAAAUAUAAGGUUUUAAAUACUACAAGCAAUGAUAUCCCAACUUGUUAUCAUUUUUCCAGGAGAAGAAAUUUAAUUAUUGGUAAAGUACUAAAAAGUGAAGGUUAUUAUGCAUUCAGUUCGAUUCAAUCUUUUGAAAAGUAUAAAAAUUGUACGAAUAGAAAUGAGCUAGAUCCAAGCGGUGUAGGUGUGCCAUUGUUGCAUAUUGUCAGUAGGAGAGAGGGCCUAUUUGAUUCAGCAGUUAAGUCUAGUAUUGGAAUUGGUUUAGGAAUCAAAAAAAUGAGUUUUACAAUCUAUAUUUAUGAUUUGAAAUCUAGGAGUGAUCCUCCACCUUAUAGUAGGUUUGAAAUAAUUAAUCAAUCGGAAACUCAUACUCUGUAUAAAACACCAUUUUGCCAGGUUUCAUGCGAUAAGUUAGGCUCUACCAAGGAGUAUCAAUUUGAUUACUUGCACUCUAUUAACACUGAUCCAAUUAGUAUGACAAGAGAUUUAAUAAGUGAAAACUAUAUUUCGAAUAUUACAGGUCAGAAGUUGAAAUGGAAUAGAAAAUUGACACUAUUAUCACUUUUCUUAGAGGAUAGUAAAUAUGAAUUAUUGUUGUUAGAUGAUAUUAAGAAUCGCCCAAUAUCAAGUAAUCCUAAGCCUAAAAUUGCGUAUUACAAUAAAGAUUUUGCAGAUUCGUUCUAUGGUUCUAUCAAACGUUCUGCUGACAUUUUUGUUGGAGAACAGACUGAUGUAGACAGUUUCGGUAUUGUAGGGGUCCCAGCGUUGACCAUAGAAAUUACUUGCGAAGCAUUAAUUAUACAUUAUGUUGAACAUCAUCGUAAACUUGAAAGUAGGAGAAGGUCACUCCGCAUAUAA